UUAUUUGGCUGCAAAUUGAAAGGGGAGAAGGGAGAGCGGAGAGUGGAGACUCAUCACUCGCUACUCUCCGCUCCCAAUUGCGCGCAGUGUCUCAUUUAAUUCCAUCCCGAAGGAGCAUUUAAUUCUUUUCUCUGUAAUAAUUUUACCAAAAUUCCGCCAUAUCCAAAUCCUUCCCAUAUGCAUCAACUCAUUAAAUCCCUCCCCCCUCCCUCCCCUAAACCCCACACUCCUCACCAUCUCUGCAUCGCCGAUAUUCUCCUCCUCUCCGACGACGACGGCGGCGGCGAAGAAGGAGAAGCAGACGGCGACGGCGACGAGGAGGCGGAGGCGGAAAUCGUCGGAGCUAUGAACGGUUUCCGCAGGCAGCAACUGGCGAACGCGAGUUGCGGGUUCGAGUGCGCGUCUCCCCGGCGCGUCGUGUCCCGGCUGUUCCGGAGGCUGAGGGAGAGGCGGAGGUGUGUGCACUGCGGAGAUGGGGACGAGAAGGAGCCUGUCGAUGACCGGUCGCCGAGUCUGAGCAGCUUGACGUUGGAAGCGAAGGGCGGCAGCGGAGACGAGGGAUCAUCGGUCGGGACUGCAAAAAGCGAUGAUUCAGGACCAUUCAUUAAAGACAACAGGUUCAACAUGGGAAUUGCGUGUAGCAUGUUAUAUCUCAUUGCUUCUAGUAAGAAUGAGCUCAGCAAAAUGAAGGAGUUAAGAACCGAUGUGGAGAUGCUUCUUCAAAAUGUCAAGGAGGAAAUGAGGAGGAAAGAUUCUAUCAGUGAGACGUCAAUCUCGAAAGCGAGCCCAACUGCUUCGUGCUUGACUGACCUGAAAGAAGUUUCACGCUGCGGCAGCCUUCUCUCUAGCAGAGCCACUACUGCUCCAUAUGUUUUACAAGGGGAGGAAACCAUCACUAUUUCAAGUCUAUCUAUUGUAUGUGAUGAGUCCAGAAAGGAAUCUGUGGAAGGGAUGGAUCAACUUGAGGCAGAGCUGGAAGCAGAGCUUGGGCGCUUGCAGCUUCAGCUGGAAACCGAAAGUUUUCCACAAAGCAAAAAGAUUACCGGCAACAAUAGCACUGCAAAAAGAAGUGGUAGUUUGAGUUUGGGGGAAGUGGUCGACCCGGACGAAUCUAUGACUGAAGUCCAUGGUGGGGUUCCUCCAAUUGAGCUUGAGAGGAGACUACACGAACUGCUGGAGUCACGACAGCAAGAGAGGAUCAAAGAGCUUGAAGCUGCCCUGGAUUGCAUCAAGUUAAAGCUGUCUGAGAAAGAGAGAGAGGCUAAGUGGUGGAAAGAUACUGCCCUACUUAUGUCCUGCCAUGUUCCGGAGCCUCCAGACCGCUCCUAGAAGCAAUUGGGGGAAGCUGUAAAGUACGUGCUAUAAUACUAGAUGAUGUAUUGGUGUGCAGUUUUCAGCUUUACCUGUGUCCUUGGUGUAAAGAGAGUUGAUGAGAACUUGAGAACAAGUGAUCAAUUGUCAAUGUGAAUUGUGAAAUAUUUUUUCGAUUGGGACUUAUCACUGGUGAAUAAAUGCGCCGUUACGAGAUCUUGUCUUGA